AUGGAUCAGAUGUCACCUGAUAACAUCAAUGGACUUAUAUUAGCAGUCUCUUCAAGCAUUUUUAUUGGAUCAAGUUUCAUCAUCAAGAAGAAAGGUCUCAAGAAAGCAGGUGCAAGUGGAGUCAGAGCAGGGGAAGGAGGACAUGGAUACUUAUAUGAACCAUGGUGGUGGGCUGGAAUGAUUACAAUGAUUGUUGGGGAAGUAGCUAAUUUUGCGGCUUAUGCAUUUGCACCGGCUAUUCUAGUAACACCUUUGGGAGCUCUAAGUAUUAUCUUCAGUGCAGUGCUCGCACAUUUCAUUUUGAAAGAGAAGUUGCAUAUAUUCGGUGUUCUUGGUUGCGUUCUCUGUGUUGUUGGGUCUACAACGAUCGUCUUACACGCCCCACACGAGCAGAAAAUCGAAUCAGUCAAGCAAGUGUGGAAGCUCGCUAUUGAACCAGGUUUUCUUGUGUACUCUGCUGUGAUCUUGAUUGUGGUUCUUGUACUGAUCUUCUAUUAUGAACCGCGUUAUGGGAAGACUCAUUUGAUAGUUUAUGUUGGAAUCUGCUCUUUAAUGGGUUCUCUUACUGUUAUGAGUGUGAAAGCUGUGGCCAUUGCUAUAAAGCUGACAUUUUCAGGGAUGAAUCAGUUCAAAUACUUCCACGCUUGGAUUUUCAUUUUAGUAGUCACGUUUUGUUGCAUUUUGCAAAUCAACUACUUAAACAAGGAUUGGGCUUCGCAGAGCGGUUUAAAGAUUGCGACAGAGUUGUGCGGUUUUGUAACGAUUUUGUCAGGAACGUUUCUGCUUCAUAAGACUAAAGACAUGGGAGACAGUGGAAGUGUAAGUGGUCGUGGUUCUGUCUCUUUGCCUCGAGACACCCCUGUCUUCUCCAAUUCCGGAUCCGGCCGGAGCUCCAGCCCGGAAAAAGUAGCCUCCUGA